CUACCACACUCGCCAAGCUCACAUUCUGGCAACUGCCUUCGUGGAGAAGUGGCUCAGCGCCUCAGCUGAAGGGAGCCCGAGGUGAGGUGUGAGGAUAUGGACGGGUGCGGCGGCGAGAAGCGCGCGCUGGCCUCGGAGCUGGCGCAGGUGCAGGCCAUGGUGAGGGAGCUGGAGGCGCGCAUGGACCAGGACCUGCCGGCGGCCGCCAGGGAGCUCUGCGGGGAGCUGGCGUCGUCCGUCGACAGGUCCAUCCGCAUCGCCAGGGCGUGCGGCUGGUAUUCGCCGGGGUCCCGCGACGGGAGCCCGCGCAGCGACGGCGCCCAGCACCCGGGCGGCGGCGGCGGCGGCAAUGCCCAGUCCAAGAGGAGGAAGGGGACGCCGUGCGUCAGGACGCAGGUGCGGGUGGCCGCGGUGCAGGACAUGGCGCCCCUGGACGACGGGCUCAGCUGGCGCAAGUACGGGCAGAAGGACAUCCUCGGCGCCAUGUACCCCAGGGCCUACUUCAGGUGCACGCACCGCAACUCGCAGGGCUGCUCCGCCACCAAGCACGUGCAGCGCGCCGACGGCGACCCGCUGCUCUACGACGUCGUGUACCACGGCGCGCACGCCUGCGCCCAGGCCGCGCACCCCGGCGCGGAGCACCUGCGGCGGCAGCUGCAGCCUGAAGGGCACGCCGACGCCGAGCAGAGCUCGCCGCUCGCGCCGGAGGCCGAGUGCCUCCAGGCCGGACUGGAGCCCGUGGCGCCGUACUCGUUCGCCCCCGCGCCGGGUGCCGGCGCCGACUUCGUCGGCUACUUCCCGCUCCUCUCGCCGACGGGCUUGGAGUGGCAGCUCAGGAGCAGCUACGCGGCAGGCGGGCUCGGGGUCGGCAUGGAUUACGAGCCUCACUUCGAAGAGUUCUACAAGAAUGCUACCGAUCCCUUCCAGUGGGAGUAUUCGGACUUGUACGCGGCCAAUUAGAUGGAUCGGCCAUCGCCCAGUCAAUAUUAUGUGCAGCACGUACUGUAGUUAUACUGAACUUUGUCAUCAGUAUUAGCUCCAGAUUCUAGUGAACUUUUCUGCUACAAUCAACAGUUGGGUGCUAUGGCCUUGUCCAAGGCAAACCUGACUUCGCAGAUUAAAACGGGCAACGGGACAAAGCUAAACACACUGUACCCAGUUUAUCUAAAUCUAGAUUGAGGCAGAGAUUCAGGCUUAGUUAAUAACCACGUUGGAGCACUUACAA